AUGGAGAGCCGGUUUGCGCGGGAUGCCGCCCUUCAUGCCGCGUACAUGGAUUUUAUGAAGCAAUAUGCUGAGCUGGGGCAUAUGACGCCGAUCCACGCCAACGACUUAAACGGGAUUCGCGUUUGCUACCUGCUGCAUCACGGCGUUAUGCGGGCGACGAGCUCUACGACCAAGCUGAGGGUGGUAUUUAAUGGCUCAGCCACAGUGUCAACCGGGGAUUCGUUAAAUCAGCACCUGAUGGUCGGACUUAACUUGCUGCUGGCGCUGACGGACGUACUUACGCGAUGGCGCCGCCACCGAUUCGUAUUCGCCACUGACAUCGAGAAGAUGUAUCGGCAGAUUGACGUCCAUCAGGAGGAUGUGGACCUGCUGAGGAUUCUCUGGCGGUUUGAUCCCAGAGAGCCUAUGCAGGAGUAUUGGCUCACCACCGUCACGUACGGCUUAGCCUGUUCUCCACAUCAGGCGAUUCGGACGAUGCACCAGCUCGCCAAGGACGAGAGGCAUCGAUUUCCGGAGGGAGCAGGCAUUCUGGAAGAAGACACUUACAUGGACGACGUAAUCUCCGGUGCGAAAACUCUAGCUGCCGCCUUAGAGAAACGGAGACAGUUGGAGCAGAUCUGCAUGGCGGGCGGCUUCCCGCUGAAAAAGUGGUCAGCCAAUGACGAAGCUCUCCUAGAAGACGUGCCAGUGGAGGAUCGACUGCUAAAGGAGUCUCGAGGCUGGCAACCGGGUGAGAGCCAUCUGACAUUAGGCUUGCGGUGGCACCCACAUGAGGAUCAAUUUUCCUAUACGACGCAGUUGAUCCGGACGGAAACGUUCACUAAGCGAACAGUCCUCUCGCUGACUGCGAGACUGUUCGAUCCUCUGGGGUGGCUCGCCCCUGUCACGGUGCGAGCGAAGAUUCUAUUCCAGUCUACGUGGUUGUUAGGGAUCGAUUGGGACGAGCCGCUCCCCGAGGAGGAUGCCCGAAACUGGCGGGAAUUCCAGUCUGACCUCCCCUCCCUGGAAGCCAUCCGCGUCCCGCGCUGGCUGGCGAGCGGAGCCGAGGACUGCCGCCUGGAACUGCAUGGUUUCGCCGAUGCCUCGGAGCGAGCCUAUGCCGCCGUCGUCUACUUACGAAUCGAGAGCGGAGACGGCAAGGUAGAAGUGAGGCUACUCGAGGCUAAGACGAAAGUCGCCCCACUGAAACAGGUGACUUUGCUUCGGAUGGAGCUUAGUGCCGCCGCCCUGCUUGUGCGAAUCGCGGAACACGCUCAGAGAAUCCUCGAGGCGAAGGAUGUCCCUUCGCAUCUGUGGUCGGACGCCAAGGUGGUGCUGGGUUGGAUCCGCGGACAUCCAUCAUCUUGGAAGACUUACGUGGCCAAUCGAGUGAGCGAAAUCCAGACGACGCUGCCUGACGCAAUAUGUCCCCGGCCGAGAAAACCCCGCCGAUUGCGCUUCGCGCGGCAUAUCUCCGGAGGAGCUGGUGAACCACCCACUCUGGUGGCAAGGACCGCCGUGGCUUAA